AUGGAAAAAUUGCUUGCAUGCUACGGAGUCACUCAUCGUUUGUCCACCGCAUAUCAUCCACAAAUAAGUGGUCAAGUGGAGAAUGCGAAUCGCGGUAUCAAACGUAUCUUAGAGAAGACCGUUGGUAAAAAUAGGAAGGAUUGGUCCGCCAAGCUAGUCGAUGCAUUGUGGGCGUUUCGAACCGCCUAUAAGACGCCUUUAGGCACCACACCAUUUACGAUCGUCUAUGGAAAAGCUUGUCACCUUCCCGCAGAGCUAGAGCAUCGAGCACUUUGGGCAUUGAAAACCGUAAAUCUUGAUAUGACCGAAGCCACUAGGAAGCGGAAGUUGAAAUCGAAGUGGUCGGGACCUUAUAUGGUUCAUUAUGUGUUUCCGUACGGAGCGGUGGAGAUAAUGGAUGAAUCGGAUGGCCGUAAUUGGAAGGUGAACGGCCACCGUUUGAAGCACUACAUUGGAGGAGCAAUAGACAAAAAUGAGAUGGAGGAAACUCCUCUCGAAAUCCCAUCAAAAGCCGCCAAUUAG